AUGUUACUCCAGCACAGACGCAUCCACGCUACCGCUCAGAUGUGGGGGAAGGACUACGACUCCCAAGAUAAAGAAGCCCCCGCAGCUGCCCCCUCCCCCCAGCCUCCAGUGGUGACACCAGGGAGCACGAAGGAGAACAGCCCCAAAGCCAAAAGCUCGCUGGCCGGAGGUUUGCUGCAGUCAGUGCUGACACAAAAAGGACGACUUGUCUCCCAGAAAGGGGACAUCAUCCCGUCCGCUCUGCCCCAGAGCCUGCUCCCUCUUCUGGGUAGGGGACUCAGCGUCAGCUCCCUCCCUGGAAGUCAUUCCCUGGAGCAUCAAAGCGAGGGAUUACUGAGGGUAAAACCUCCGGCAGCGUCAGCUGCAGCGUCAGGCCGAGGCAGCGGUCCAACUGAGCCUCUUCCCACACACACACACUCCCAGCUGCCUCUCACACACACACACACUCCUGAGCAGGAGGAGGCCACCACUGUGGGCCCGAUGCUGGACAUGGACACCGAGACAGAGACCCCCUCCUCCGCUUUGUCGAGCUGCAUGGUGAAUUUCUCAGAGCCGGAGGGAUACAUCGACUCUUCGGACGACCCCCCUCUGCCGGACGGCACCUUCUUACACUGCACCUACACUGUGACCGUGUACACCGGGUACGGAGUGGAGCUGCAGGUGAAGAGCGUGAACCUGUCGGAGGGCGAGCAGCUGUCUAUCAGGGGAGCAGAUGAACGAGGCGCCCUGCUGGUGCUGGCCAAUCACACGCUGCUGGUCGAAGGUCAGGUGAUCCGCAGCCCCACCAACACUCUGUCCGUCUACUACAGGUCCGCCCCCGAGGCCAACAUGGGCAUCUUCCAGCUGCACUAUCAGAUCUUCAGGCUGAGCUGUGCGCUGCCGAAGAGACCUCACUUCGGGGAGGUGUCCGUGCUGGACCUGCUCCCGGGAGGCACGGCCCGCUUUCACUGCCACAUGGGUUACCACCUGCAGGGGGAGCCGCAGCUCACCUGCAUCAACGCCUCCAUGCCGGUGUGGAGCGGCAGGGUGCCCAGCUGUAGAGCUCUCUGUGGCGGCACAGUGAAGAAUGCCACAGUAGGGCGGGUGCUGUCCCCGUCCCCCCACCACGGGCCGAACGCCACCCAGGACCGCUCGUGUUCCUGGUCCCUGGAGGCCCCCAAGGACCAGCGGCUGCACCUCCACCUGGAGAGACUCGCCUUGGGAGCCACAGACAGGCUGGUGCUGUGGAGCGGGCUGGACGCCGGCUCUGUGGUGCUAUUCGACUCGGGGCGGGGGGGGCAGAUCCCGUUUGAGGGCGUGAUCAGUGAAGGACCAGCUGUGAGGAUCCAGUUCAUCACCGAUCAGCCAAACCACAACACAGGAUUCAACGUCCGCUUUGAAGCUUUCGAGCGAGGCCACUGCUACGAGCCGUACCUGCAGAACGGAAACUUCACGACCUCUGACCUGCUGUACGGAGUCGGAGCUGUGAUCCAGUUUACGUGUGACCUGGGUCACGCGCUGGAGCAAGGCCCCCCUGUCAUCGAGUGCAUCAGUGCGAGGGAUCCAUACUGGAAUGACACAGAGCCGCUGUGCAAAGCACAGUGCGGCGGGGACCUGACCGGACCAGGUGGAGUGAUCCUGUCUCCAAACUGGCCCGAGUGGUACGGAGAGGGAGAGGACUGCAGCUGGAGUAUACACGUCGGGGAGGACAAACGUGUGCUGCUUGAUGUACAACUACUGAACAUCAGCGACAGCGACAUGUUGAGCAUCACUGACGGCGAUGAGGUCACGACUCGUAUCCUGGGUCGGUACGUCGGAGGAAGCGGCCCCUUCAAGCUCUCGUCCUCCACCCCCGACCUGACCGUGACCUUCCACUCCGACCCAGCCGGGCUCGUCUUCGGCAAGGGAGAGGGCUUCAUCAUCAACUACAUGGAGGUGUCCCGGAACGACUCCUGUCCAGACCUGCCGGAGAUCCAGAACGGCUGGAAGACCACGUCCCACAUUGCGCUGGUGCGAGGGGCUCGUAUCACCUACCAGUGCGACCCUGGCUACGACCUAGUGGGCCGGGAGACCCUCACCUGUCAGUUGGACCUCACCUGGAGCUCACAGCCGCCAUUCUGUGAAAAGAUCAUGUACUGCUCAGAUCCUGGCCACGUGGAGCACUCCACCAGGUCUCUGUCGGACCCCAAACUCCUGGUGGGGACGACCAUUCAGUACAGCUGCAACCCCGGCUUCAUCCUGCAGGGCGGCGCCACCAUCACCUGCUACGGCCGCGAGCCAGGGACCCCCGUGUGGACGUCUCGACUGCCUCACUGUGUUUCUGAGGAUUCUGUUUCCUGUGAGAACCCCGGUCUGCCUGACCACGGCUACCAGAUCCUGUCCAAGAGGCUCUACCUGCCCUCCGAGUCGCUCACCUUCGUCUGUUACCAAGGUUACGAGCUCAUAGGAGAGGUCGCGAUUAAAUGCAUCAUGGGGAACCCGUCCUUUUGGAGCGGCCCACUUCCACUCUGCAGGGCCAACCUCGACUGCUUUGAAAGCCAUGAUUUGGAAGAGGCGACUGCGAGCUCCACGCUGGAUGGAGGGAACAUAGCGCUGGCCAUCUUCCUCCUCGUCCUCCUGCUGUCCGUGCUGCUUGGAGGGGCUUAUGUCUACGUCACACGGUGCCGAUAUCACUCCAACUUAAGGCUUCCUCUGAUCUACCCCCACCCUUACCGACAGAUCACUGUGGAGACGGAGUUUGACAACCCGCUUUAUGAGACCGGAGGAGACACUCGCGAGUAUGAAGUAUCGAUAUGAGAAGACGUUUCUCAACCAAGACCGCCCCGCCCCGUCCUAACUCUUCGUCCUCUCCUCCCUCCUUCUCCGCCCAGAAGGAGGCGAUGUAAAUACAAAAAGAUGAUGUCCAGCCCCUUCUGCCACGAGACGCAGCGAUGGAUCCUGUUCUCUCCUCCUUUUGACGAGACGGCUCCUGAAGGCGUGGUGGGAAGCAGGAGAGGAAACGUGAAGCAGGAGUGGGAGAUGAUGGAGGACGGAGGGGAAGAAGACCCAAAAAUCAUCGAAGAAAUUCCAACAUGGUGAGAAAAGAGAUGUUGGGUGUGGAAUAGACAUGAAGGAGGGGAGAAGGGGAAGCAGUCGGGGGCAGGACACAGUAAGACGAGUGUGGAUUGAAGCACUUUUUAGUAUUUUUGUCGAUUAGUGAAAGAAUCCUGCAAUAUGUCUCAACAUUAGAGUUAUAAUCCUUAAGAUUGUCAUGAAACAAUCAUGAAGCCACUCAAUGUAUUUAUAUUCAGUAUUUUUCAUUGUUUGUGGCGGAGUCCGCCAAUCCCACGCUGGAUUCACAUUGUCUUCACCGGAAACAAUGCAACAAGGGAUCCAACGUUACCGACAUGUUUACCUCAUUGUUUACCCCCAGAGCUGCAUUAAUCUACUGCUAAUGCCAACCAGACAUUUCCUGCUGCUGCUUCACAAUAAAAGACUUAAAAUGGCGAAACAUGGGGGGCUUUUAUUUUGAAGUAGUCACAGCAAACACAAAGUCUCAAAAACAGUUUAAAACUUUGCAAGGAUUGAUGAAAGCGUGAGGAGAAGCCACACUUCACCGCGUCCUGCUGCCACGUGCAAAAUGGCGGUUGCAUGACGGAGAAAAGGAUUAGCCUAUUGUCGGAUUUCUUUAUUUAAAAAACAUGCGUUUGUUUGGCUGCACUGUAAUCUGUGACUCCACGUUAGCUGCUCACAGAGUGCACGCUGUCCCCAGGAUGUAACUGCAUUCAGUGUGAAAGUGAAGCCGCUUUGACCGCUGGACUGUUUGUGUACUUUAGCUGUAAGCUAGCAGCCAACAGCGUUUGUGUGCAGCUUUCUGUUUCUUCCCUCCUCCUCUGUACGUCAUCAUGCAGACUCAGUGAGACUUGUGCAAAUGUUUCGCUUAAAUUGAAACAUUUUUAACUUUGCCAACCAGGACGAUUAGCAGCGACUCGCGUGUGUCCGUCCACUUUGUAUGCAGUUGAGUUUGCCUCUAAAAUUCACUUUGCCUUCUAUCUGAACCAUGAAUGUAUUAUAUGACUCAAAGAUGGCGUCACCACAGACUUAACAUUGUGAUGGCGUCACACACUUUAAAAGUGGAAGGUUUUACAAAGCUCCAUGAAUCCAAAAUCAGUAAUACAAAGAAUAAUAACGACCUCGUUUGGUGUUUAAACUUGUUUCUUAAUAUCGUAACAUCGCAUGUGGCCCCCAGGACGCUGUAUCAGAUCUGUUAAUACAUCCAUGGUCUGAACUCACUGUAACAAACACAACAAUCAACCAGGACGGGGGUGAAAUUGGACUGUUGAUCUUUUUGUUUACAUCCUCACUCAUGAGUCACCAUCUCUCGCCACAGACUGAUAGUAACAGGAGGCUGAUAAUAGCCAGUGGCUUCCCUUUUCUUCCUUUCCUAGUUAGUCCGACACAGGAUGUCAGCUGUGUCCUGUCCCUGAACUCCCUCCUGCCUGCAGUCACCGUCGAGGCUUUUUGUUACUCCAGCAGGUCCAGCUCUGGCUGUAGCUGUAGUGAAGUGGUAUUUAAUUCUAUGACUUUAGGGCCGGUGCUGAUGUCUCAUUCCUCUCAUGUAGUUAGAUGGAUGACUGUCGUGGGCCUCAGAGUCUCCAGGUCUGGACCGGCUCGUGACGAAAAAGAAAAGCAUGCGUUGUUGCAGACGCGGCGGUUGCGAUGUGAAUAGUGUAGCUGUAGUUUACUGACUGAGCUCAAUCAACCCACCAGAUGAUGUAAUUUAUUUUGAUGUACUGUAUAUGUGAUGUUUUAUGCAGAUUGAUAAAUGUACAUUUUCAUUAUGAGAAGACAAAUGUUAACAGUUUCCCUAAAUAAAUGGUAAAACUUGAAUAAAAAAGUACAAAAGACUUUCUAAAUA